AUUACCAGCGUUUGUGAGAGCCUGCAGAGACAGCCUGCAAGGAAAAUGAAGCUCCCUAUUUUCAUAGCAGAUGCAUUCACAGCAAAAGCAUUUCGUGGAAAUCCUGCUGCUGUUUGUCUCCUAGAAAAUAAAUUGGAUGAAGACAUGCAUCAAAAAAUUGCAAGGGAAAUGAACCUCUCAGAAACCGCCUUUAUCCGAAAACUGAACCCAAGUGACAGCUUCUCACAAAGUUCCUGCUUUGGACUAAGGUGGUUCACACCGGCGAGUGAGGUCCCUCUCUGUGGUCACGCGACCCUGGCUUCUGCAGCCGUGCUGUUUCACAAAAUAAAAAAUGUGAAUAGCACUCUAACCUUUGUCACGCUGAGUGGGGAACUAAAGGCCAGAAAAGCGGAGGAUGGUAUCAUCCUGGACUUGCCUCUUUACCCAGCCCACCCGCAGGACCUCCAUGAAGUAAAGGACUUAAUAAAGACUGCCAUAGGUGACACACUGGUCCAGGACAUCCGCUACUCCCCAGACACCCGGAAGCUCCUUGUCCGGCUCAGUGACACUUAUGACAGGUCAUUUCUGGAGAACCUGAAAGUGAACACACAGGAUCUGCUGCAAGUAGAGAACACAGGGAAGGUGAGAGGACUCAUUCUCACUCUUAAAGGAAAGCCCGGUGGGCAGACCCACGCAUUCGACUUUUACUCCAGAUAUUUCGCACCCUGGGUUGGCAUCGCAGAAGACCCGGUAACAGGGUCUGCACAUACUGUUCUCAGCAGCUACUGGUCCCAAGAACUGGGGAAGAAAGAUAUGCGUGCCUUUCAGUGUUCCUGCCGAGGAGGAGAACUGGAGAUAUCCCUGCGUCCGGAUGGCCGGGUUGACAUUAGGGGAGGUGCUGCGGUGGUUGUAGAGGGCACACUGACAGCCUAGAGGUGCUGUGCCGAUGCUGCUCUCCCCCAUGACUGCUUCCAUGAAGAAAAACAUAGGGGCCUUUAGCAAACCUGCAUGGUAGUCUACUUAAUCCUCAGGUUA